UCAACAGUUAUUUAAUAUCGCUGGAAAAAACGGUCUAAGAAGUUUGAAUGGAGAGAUCAACAACUUUUCGGCUCAGAAACUAUUGAAUCAACCAGAAAUUUCUGAUAACUCCAGUUCACCAGAAACUUCGAGAAAAUAUGUUGAAAUUAUGGAAACCGAUGAGAUAGAAAUAGAUUUGGUUAAUGAUAAUAAUAAUAAUGAAAUUACACCUAGUCAAGAGUUACUAACAUCGUCGCAGUCAACUAUCAGUCAAAUUUCAAAUGUUUCCGAUUUUGAAACAGAAUUGUUGUCUGAAAAAAAAAUACCAAAAAUAAACAUUAUCACUCCAAAUUUAGCAGCUGCGCUUGAUCGUGCAAAUGUUAGCAACAGAAAUGCUACAUAUAUUUUGGCAGCUACCUUACAGAGCGUUGGAAUAGAUCUUCGGAAUGUUAAUUUAAGCUAUAAAACUAUCCAACGAAAUCGUAUACUUCUUCGAAAAGAAAUAGCUGAAGGGUUAAAAAAAGACUUAAAGUUCAAUGAUAAUUACGUAGUUCAUUGGGAUGGUAAAUUGUUAAGCGAUAUUGUUGGCGCAGAUGUUGUAGAUAGACUCCCAAUUCUUCUGACAUCGUCUGGCGCUGAACAAUUAUUAGGCAUUCCAAAAAUUGGAGCAGGAACUGGAAUUGAGCAAGCUUCAGCAGUAAACUCAACUUUGAAGCAUUGGGGUGUCAGUGAUUAUGUCAAAGCGGUGUGCUUUGAUACUGCAUAUACAAAUACAGGCAUUCAUCGUGGCGCUGGCGUAGAACUAGAGAAUCUUUUAGGGCGAAAGCUCAUUUGGUUGCCAUGUCGUCAUCACGUCAUUGAACUACUCAUUAAAGGUGUUUUUGAAGUAUACUGGCCAACGCAAAAUGGCCCAAAUGUUUCAAUUUUUGGUAGAUUCAAAAAUAAUUGGAACAAGAUAGAUAAAUCAAAAUACAGUGCAGGAAUUAAUGAUCCUAUUGUUGCUAAAGUACUAUCAGAGAAAAAGACGAAACAUUUGAUUUUAUGGCAAGUUAUUCGUUGGUAUUUUAUAGAUACAUAA